AUGAACCACAACUACACCAAGGACCAAAUGAUUGGUCUCGCUUUGGGAUUUAUGAUUAUCCCAUCAAUUUUCUACGCUUUUCGUAUUUGGGCGAAGCUGCUCGUCAAGCGCUUCGCGUGGGAUGAUUACCUGGCAGGAUUGGCGCUCGUCACGGCCACCUACGGACAUUUGGGCCAACAUCAGCCUACGUUUCCCGACGGCUCACCGAUCAUGGACGAUCCAGGACUGAUCCUGUUUGAAGAGACGAAGUUUGCCUUGAACAUGAUAUCCAUCCUCGGAUUAGGGCUCGUCAAAGCCUCGAUACUAGUGCUUUACCGCAGUCUUUUCCCCAGCAACCGCUUUCAAUACGUUGUAAACGGUGCUCUAGCCUUUGUCUUUGGAUGGACUGUCAGCUUCUUCUUCUCCCAUCUUUUUACUUGCUACCCAAUUACCGUGUUCAUCGAGCCGUACUACGGAAACUCUUGUGUCCAGACAGUGCCUAUGUUCUUGGCAUUACUGUACACUGACGUCUUUGCUGACUUUACUAUUCUGUUGUUGCCGAUCCCGAUGGUGCUCAGGGUUAGAAUGCCCCUGAAGAAGAAACUGGCGGUUAUUGGAAUGCUAGGAUUGGGCGCUGCGCAUGUUUCGAAGGUUUGUGCCGUAAGCGUCACGAGAGUUGUGGCGACAUUUUCUAUUGCUGAAGAAUACAUCAAGCACCCUAACGACGUUAUAUCCGAUGACUUGCUCAACCUCGUGUCAACAUCGCCGGUGGCCGUCGAGGUUCGAGAGCGAUGGAGUGACUUCGAUCUACCCACGUCCUCUGUGGUCGUCAAUGCGACUUGCGAAGAGGACCUGAAAGCUGUGGUCAAAUACUGUUCACAAAAUGGCGUGCCAUUUCUCCCUCAAAACGGAGGCAACGGUUGGGCAGCAGGACAAUUCAACUUGGGCACAACCGGAGUCCUUAUCAACUUGGCCGGUCUCAACCAGGUCAACAUCAGUGCAGACAAGAAGACGGCCACCAUUGGCGGAGGAGCCCUCAUCGGCGAUGUCAUCGCCACAGCUGAUACUGCUGGCGUUUUGAUUCAGACGGGUAACUGCAAUUGCGUUGGAGCCCUCGGAGCAGCUCUAGGUGGUGGUUAUGGAAACAUCAUGGGAGAACAUGGCUUCGCUGUUGACAACAUCCUUGAAUUGAGAGUCGUCACGGCUACAGGAGAAGCUCUCACUGCCUCGAAAACCUCCAAUCCAGACCUGUUCUGGGCCCUUCGUGGCGCUGCGCCCAACUUCGGCAUCGUCAUGCAGGCUACAGUCAACGCUUUCCCAGUCGCCGACCGCACGUCUUGGAUCAUGUCUCUCACCUUUGAUCCUUCGAAGGUCGCCGAUGUUGCCCAGGCAAUCCAGGACCUUCCUCUGCUACCGCAGCAGGUCGUCUAUCUUGUUCUCACCAACUCCGGCGACGCGCUGAACACGCCGGCAGUUCUCGUUACGGGAUUCCUCCGUGAAGGGACUGAGGAACAGGGCCGGGAAGCAUUCGCACCCCUCUAUGACCUUGGACCGCUCACCAACUCCAGCGCUGUCACACCCUAUACGCAGUGGAACGCCGCGAACGACAACUUCUGCGCCCGUGGGGGUCGCAAGCCUGCUUUCAGCACGACCAUCAAUAACAUGAAACCAGACACCUGGCCUGAAAUCUGGUCUCUUUACACGAGCUUCCAGAAUAAGUCGACGGCGCAGAACUCAGCUGUGUUGAUUGAGCGAUACAACUUGACUACGGCCAAGUCAUUGCCCACUGGAUCCGCUGCAAUGCAGGAUGAACUCCGUCAGGAAGCCUUCGCACAGGCUAUUGUCAUUCCAUGGUACGAGGAAGAAUCACUGGAUACCGAGGCGCUGGCCUUUGGCUCCAAGGUCAGAGACAUCUGGAGCUUUUUAUCAAGUGCAACAGUCAACCCCACGUACGUUAACUUUGCCCAUGGCGAUGAGGAGCUUCAAGCAAUCUAUGGAUCCAGCUUGGAUAAGCUCAAGACACUGAAAAAGCAGUAUGAUCCUACUGGUGUCUUUGGCCAGUGGUUUAAGAUUCAAUGA